GGUAAGGGACGCCGGCGGCGCCUGCGCGUUGAGCUUCUGUGCGGGAAGAUGGUGCUCAUCAAGGAGUUCCGAGUGCUCCUGCCCUGCUCCGUGCAAGAGUAUCAAGUUGGGCAGCUUUACUCUGUGGCUGAAGCCAGUAAGAAUGAAACAGGUGGCGGUGAAGGGAUCCAGGUUCUAAAGAAUGAGCCUUACGAGAAGGAUGGCGAGACGGGCCAGUAUACGCAUAAGAUCUACCACCUGAAGAGCAAGGUCCCUGGUUUUGUGCGGAUGAUUGCUCCUGAAGGCUCUCUGGUCUUCCAUGAAAAGGCCUGGAAUGCGUACCCGUACUGCAGGACAAUUGUAACGAACGAAUACAUGAAAGAGGAUUUCUUCAUCAAGAUUGAGACGUGGCACAAGCCAGACUUGGGGAGUUCAGACAAUGUCCACGAGCUGGACCCAGAAACAUGGAAGAGCGUGGAAGUUAUUCACAUUGACAUUGCAGAGCGAAACCAAGUGGAGCCAGGAGACUACAAGGAGGAUGAGGACCCAGCCCUGUUCCAGUCCGUGAAGACCAAGAGAGGUCCCUUGGGGCCCAACUGGAAGAAGGAGCUGGCGGCUGAUGAGGACUGUCCCAAAAUGUGCGCCUACAAGCUGGUGACGAUCAAAUUCAAGUGGUGGGGGUUGCAGAAUAAAGUGGAGAACUUCAUUCAGAAGCAAGAAAAACGGAUCUUCACUAACUUCCAUCGGCAGCUGUUCUGCUGGAUUGACAAGUGGAUCGACCUUUCCAUGGAAGACAUCCGGCGAAUGGAGGAUGAAACCCAGAGAGAGCUGGAAGCGUUGCGUCACCAAGGUCAAGUGAGAGGGACGAGUGCUGCGAACGACGAAUGAAGGCCGGCCAUCCCAGCCAUGCUGUCAGCACGUUGGUCCACGCAGCUCUCUGCACACCGGGGUUGUGCGUGUGUGCACACACAGCAGCGUGUGCACACACAGCAGCGUGUGCACGUGUCUGGGGGAGCUGCCACGGUUUCUCCAGGGUCCUGAAUCUCUUUCACCAAGGAAACAGCAGCUUUCAUUAUCUCUCUCUCUCUCUAAUGCAACCAAGGCCCACCUAGUGUCCUGUUCGGGGGAGAAGAGAUGGUGGUGGCAGCCCUGUAGUGGCUGUUUUUCAUGGCGCUUGUCCUCCUCCAUCUGAGCCCAGGAGCAGCCUGGCCCUGACCUUCCCGGUGGGCCUCGUUUUUGCUCUGGGGCUGCUUGAGUCUCUCCUCGUGCUCGGACUCCCCUCCUCCUCCUGCUCUCAAGCAAGCAGACUUGGAUCAGCAGUUAAUCCCUCUUCUUGUGUUUCUCCACAUAUUUUUGGAAUAAGAACUCUGAAUGUAUUUAUAGCUAUUUAUUUCUGGAUUGUCAUUAUCUUGCAAUCAGAUCAGAAAUGUCUCUUGUAGCAGCAGUCAGUUUUUUGCCUUUGAGUGAAAAAGAAAAACAAGGCAAGCCCAGUUUUUUUUCAUCUGCUGCUGCAAAGGAAAAAAAAAUCUGUUUCACUGGUAUUUUGUAUAUUGAAAAUUGAGUGUUUCUUCAUUAAAAUUGGCAAAAUAGGAA